AUGUCAGCUGAGACCCACACCCCGCUCACCAAGGUCGACUCGGCCGUCGAAGAGCACCCCAUCAAGAAGGGCCAUCGUCGGAUGAGCAGCACUGCUGCUGAUGUCUACAACAUUGCUGAUCUCGAGAAGGAGGGCAAGCAAAUCAAGAUUGCUCCCGAGACCCAGAAGCUGAACUGGAAACUGAACACCUCGCCAGCCUCGCUGGAUGAGAAGGAGGUGCUGAAGAAGCCACUUUGUGAGCCGAAGCUGAAGAAGAUCGACCUACACUUUCCUCUGGGACUCGAGGUGACUGCGCGGAACCUCAAGGGCGUGACCAUCAAGGACGCUCUAGAUGCCAUCCACAAGCAGUUCAAGAAGAAGGCGGACGACGAACUCGAGAACCCCAUCCUUGCCGGCUUCGAGUGGGACCCAGAAGAGUGCUACACCCGCUUCGUCGUGCACCAGAAGAAGGCGGGCGCUGCUCAACCCUCGAAGAAGUCGAAGAAGAAGGGCGGUGACGAGUAA